GUGUGUGACUGCGGCGGCUGUGGCAGUUAUCAGUGAACGCAUGGAAAUCGACGUAAUGCGCUUUUGGAGCCAGAGUCGACCGGACUGUACGGAGGGAGACUUGCAAUGAACAGGAUACGAAUCCAUGUUUUGCCAUCAAGUCGGAACCGGGUGACCCAGACACCCCGACCUCAGGAGCCUCAGGCAUGCGCCUUCACCCAGCGACCAUGCUCUCAGCCCCGUCUGGAAGGCCUGGAGUUCUGCAUCAAACACAUUCUUGAGGACAAGAAUGCCCCAUACAAGCAGUGCAGCUAUGUGUCUGCCAAGAACGGCAAGCGCUGCCCCAACGCUGCACCAAAAGUCGAGAGGAAAGAUGGAGUGACGUUCUGUGCAGAGCAUGCUCGCAGGAAUGCAAUGGCCCUCCGAGCUCAGAUGAGAAAGGCGUCUUCCGGUCCAUCCCCGGAGACACUGUUGUCUCAGCUUAGUGGAUACAACCGUGCAGAGACACACAGCCUCGAUGGAGGCCGUUCUGAAGCGAGUCGUAUUCUAGAUGAGGACAGUCUGAGCGAGGAGGAGCAAGGACCAUUGGUACUUGACCAGACGUGGAGAGGAGACCCUGACAGUGAAGCUGACAGUGUUGACAGUGAUCAUGAGGACCCUCUGAAACAUGCAGGAGUAUACACAGCAGAGGAGGUAGCUCUCAUCACUCGAGAGAAACUCAUCAGGCUCCAGUCCCUCUACAUUGACCAGUUCAAACGCCUGCAGCACCUGCUAAAGGAGAAAAAGCGCAGAUACCUGCACAACCGCAAAGUGGAGCACGAAACUCUGGGAAGCAGUCUGCUGACAGGUCCUGAAGGACUGUCCAUGAAGGAAAGGGAGAACCUGAAGAAGCUCAAAGCUCUGCGUCGAUACCGUCGUCGGUACGGCGUGGAAGCCCUACUGCAUCGGCAGCUGAGGGAGAGGAGGCAGGCUGUGACAGACGGAGCUCCUCAGCCACACUCGAGAACAGUCUAUGAGAAAUGCAUCUCCUUUGUGGAGGGAACCCGAUGUACCAAUCCCUGCCUGCCUAUGACCCGGCACUGUGUCUCACACAUCUACCAGGACAGCAAUCAAGUGCUUUUCAAAAUGUGUCCAGGCCUGAAAGAUGUCCCCUGUGACCGUACUGUGCACAUGGGUCAGUCUGACGAUCCUCGCUGCCCACUUCACCUCACCCUGCCUCCCCCCAUGUACCAGCCUGAGCAGGAACCUCCACCACAGGAUCAGCUCACUCUUGCCAGCAAAGACAUGUAUCUGAGUGCAGCAGAGCUUCAGCCCACAGAGAGCCUUCCCUUAGAGUUCAGUGAUGACCUGGAUGUGGAAGGGGAUGGUAUGCAGGGUCCUCCGUCCCCUCUUCAGUUUGACACAGCCCUGGCUCUUGAGGACCAGACCAUCAGGGCCAUCGCUGAGGCCCCAAUGGACAUCCUUACGGGAGAAGACCCAGACCCGGUCGACCUGGACGCCGCAGGACAGGAGCUUUCAGAAAGAGAUGUGGAUGCCAUCAUGGAUGACCAGGUGGUGUCAGAGGUUGUAGGAGGUGACGACGACGCCACUGAUAAUUCACUCCAAGACAUCGACUCUGCUACAGUUGAUGCUCCCAGAUGAACGAGCUCGACCCCUGCAGCAUUAUCAAACGAACAAGUUUCACUUUAUAACACUAUAUAAUACAGCCUGUGAUAAGAGUCAUUUCGUUGUAUGAAUCGGGAACCAAUGUAACACUUAAUGGUUCCUACUGAUACUUAAAAUGUCACAGUUAGACAUCUCAGAGAAAUACAGGGCACAGUACAGGGAAACGAAACUGAAGUUGAACCUUAUUAUUGUGUAAUUGAAGAGCAAUAAGGGGAGAACAGCCACACAAUUUAAUAAAGCCCACACAACCUUAUCAUUACUGUGUUAUGUAAAAUACAUUUUUUCAUUUCACUCAUUUACAUGCAUUAAUACAAUGUGUAGGCGAAAAUGCAAUAUAUAAAAAAGGGGCGUUCAGCUUCUUGUGGAUAGUCGAGACAAGUUGAGAAAUGGGGCUCUACGUUUAAAAUUUUGCUCCUAGCGGCUGUGUUCGUCCAGCAGCUCGCUGGAGUAGAAAACAAACAUAACUCUCUCAAAUGUAAACCCGUGGAAGGUUUCUGUCGUCGUCUGAGGAGGAAAAACUGUCAUGAAGUUGUGUAAUAUAAAAUGAAGAUGUAGGUGGAUCAAACCUAGCUAAUGUUUAAUAAGGAGCCUAGUUAGUUUAAUCCUUUUGAAUACACAGAAAAAAGGUAUGUGGGCUAAAAAUGGUGUGCGGCUGUUCUUCCCUUUUUAUAUUUUAAUACACAGAAAAAAAAUACUCAGCAUAUAAUUUAUUUCUGCUUUUCCCCCUUCUUGUUUACUUCCACUCCGCCUACAUUUGAAGGGCAGGUUCACAUUUUUUCAGGUCUGUCUUAAAACAUCACAUGCCCAUAUGUAUAUUGAAAGCAUCAUCGGUUGUUGUAAUUAUUAUUAUUAUUUGUAAUAUUUUGUGCAAACUUCCCACAAAGAGAUUUCAGUGUAACAGCUGGGGGGAGAAAAUCCUCAGUCGUCAAAAAGACAUUGUAAAGCUAAAAUGAGACUGAGCUGUUGAAUCAAUUGGGCAUUUUCCAAAGUCGCUGUCGUUUUUAGAACCAAAUUUCCCUCAUCGUGACUCCAAAGACUGCUUCUGUGCUGAGCUGUAGUGGAGGGAUAGGAAACAAAAAAGGGGAAUUUUGUUCUAAAAAGAUGAAGUUUGGAAGAAGAACCCACUCGAUAAGAUGAACUCAGACAGUUGAAGCUUCAUCUAAGCUUUAACUGAACUUAAAACUUUUUUUUCUCUUUGCACAGAAAGAGGAGGGAUGUGAAUUUUGUCCCCUGUCGUUACCACUGACUUUACUCUUGAAGAAGUGAUGUCCUCAAAUAAUGUGAAGCAAUCCCUUUAAGUACCAGUGGGAACCAGUAAAUGUUUUACUGGUUCCUGAUAUGUGCGACAAAAAAAUAACACUGUAAAUUGGAGGUUGUGUUAUGAAGUGUUACCCACGUUUCACCCCCACAAAGACCUUUUAAUGGAGGUCACCUUCAGAAGAAUGACAUUUCCAGGCCUUUGUUCAUUGAUCGUGUUACUCUGUCAUUAAUGGGUGUAUUUAUUUUGUUCUCAUGUUUUUUUUUUUUUUUGGUCUGGGUUAAAUGGCCUUAACAUUGUACCCAGUUAGUUGCUCAGUGUUUUGCAUCUGUUAAACAAAAAGCAAAAAAAGGACCCUCAUCU